CGUUUGUUCCCUCGAAUGUUUUUGCGUUAGAAAAAUGCAAGUGUUUCGUAAAAUGUGCAACCAUUUGCUCCCGCGUGCUUUUAAUAAAUUUCCGAAAACGAACGAUUCGCGAACGAUUAACUUAUUAUUUUUUCGCGAUACGUUUUUUUUUUUUUUUCUAUACGUUACAUAACCGCGAAUCGAUCAUUUUGACCGAUCGUUUUCGUUCUUCGCUAAAAUUGAUUACAGUAAAAAACAAAAAAAAAACAAAAACAAAAAAAACCGAAAACAACAAACAAGAAAGAACGAAGAAAACCGAACAGACAGACGACAUAUUUCGCAGCUCCUUUCUUUCCGACGUGGUGUCUGAAGCGUGACGAUUAGAUAAGACUCCGGUUCAUAGUGCGUCGAGUGGCAGACUUCAUAAGAGACCGGGAUGUUCGUGGCUCGGCUUCAGUUAAAGCUGCGUGUGCAAGCCGCUAAUUAAGCGGAUGAAUUAUCCACAAGUCGCUGUACACAUCUUUCAGUCAACAACCAUUGCCCCAAUUGUGCGAAUUCGAACGAUUCCUGUACACACCUGUCUACGCUACAUUCGGCACCGCGAGAACGGAGAGAGACCCACGCGCGAUAAUCUCCAUUCGGAUCGAGUAGUAAAUUGACACGCCGAGAAAGAAACUUUUUCGCAAAUUCGAAAAAAAAAAAAAGAAAAAAAUUCUCGUUUUCUCUUAGCUGAAACAAUUUCGGACAAGUUCUAUUCUCAGGAUCGAGAGAUAUGAAUGAGUGUAAAGGUUCCCGCAGAUCGGUUCCGUCUUCGAACUAGUAACGCCAAUCGAGGAACUCCGGAACGGAACGAAGAUGCCCUCUUGCUCGAGCGAGAACUGCUCGAAAUUAUGGUCGUUCAGCCCGCCGAUGUCGCGAAGCAACAGCGCGUCGCCGCCCCUCUCGGUCUCGCCGUUGUCCACAUCGCCGGCCCGAAUGUCACCCGUGUCCACGUUGAAGUCAACGUCGACGACGUACUCCACGACGUUCAACACGCCGACGAAUCUCUCCCGGACGCCAUCGGUCUCGAGCAUGUCGACGAUAAUACAGAGAUUACAGCAGCAACGGCAACAGCAGCAGCAGCAGCAGCAGCAGCAACACUCGCUGCAACAGACCACCCAGAACGUCAACGAGCAAAACAAUGGUUUCUUACUCUGGAGGAUUCUGUUCUGGUAUUUCAGAUUAUUGUGGAGUCUGCUUCAGAGUGUCGUCAGUGUCGUCGGUUAUAUCUUCUGGGCGCCCACGCUGUGGACUACAGCCUGGAUCUGCAUGUUCUGGAUGAUUCUGCAACUGCCGCUGACCGUCCUCAAGUGGUUCAUCACCAUCCUGCACACAUCGGCGUACGAGAGAUCGCGCAACAAACGGUGCGUGCUGAUCAGCGGCGGUAGCACGGUACAGGCGGUGCAUCUCGCACGGAAUUUCUACAAAGCGGGUGCGCGCGUGAUCGUGUGCGAGAUCGACGGUCUGUUCAGUCUGGCCAGGUUCUCCACCGCAUGUUCCAAGUUCUACACGAUACCGCAACCAAGUCCACGGAACGUGGUGGAAUACAUCAAGGCGCUGAGAGACAUCGUUCAGCGCGAGAAGGUGGCGUAUUACAUACCGGUGAGCGCCGCCAGCACCGCCUAUUACGACGCGCUGGCGAAGCCGCAUCUGGAGAUCAUGGGCUGCGAGUGCUUCGUGCCCAACGCCAGCGAGGUGACCGCCCUGGACGAUCCUCUGGAAUUGCUGCGAUAUUGUCGCGUGGUCGGUCUCGCGACUCCGCAGCACUUUCUGCUGCGAUCGCAGCAGGACCUGUCCGCGCUCUACGAGCAGAACACAUUCCGCAACGGCAGAUACAUGAUGCUGGCCGCAGGUCCCGCGGGGAUGCGCGACCGUACCAAGAUCCUGCUGCCGCCCACGAUCAGGGAACUGAGGAAUCAGCAAGACAUCAGCGAGAGGAGACCGUGGGUGGUGAUCCGCGACCCCGGCGGGAGUCACUUCAUCACCUGCACCACGGUGAAGGACACGCGGGUCGUGGCGAACGUGACCUGCCGAGUGGACGAGAACCUUGGACUCAUACCCGAGGAACGUCCGGAGGUCAACCGAUGGUUGGAGCAGUUCUUCAGCCGCACCUUCGGCGGCGGGAUCAACGGCCACUUGAGCUUCCGGCUGGCAGUGUCGGAGGACACCAACGAGCUGAUGUCAAUCGGCUGCCGAGUGGGUGUGAGUCUACCCUACGUUUGUCACACGGGGAUACAUCCGCGUCUGGUCUGGAAACCCUGCAAGCACUUCUCCAGGCAGAAUUCGGCGGCGUUCGCCGCGUCGGAAAUCAGACAGUCGCUGUCCGACGCGAUGACGAUCGCCCUUCAACGACCGCCAGCCGUGGGGGAGACGGCGUCCCAUCUUCUGGGCACGGUGCUGGACAAGAAGGAGGCUCUGUUUGUGUACUGGGACCCCUUGCCCUAUUGCGCGUACUAUCAUCUGCAGCUGCCGUUCAGGCGCGUCGCGGGAAUCAUCAGGGCGCAGCACAAUCCACCACUGGCGGUGGUGCAAUAGGAGCGGAACAGGUCAGGUGUAUUCCAUCUUGAAUCUCCAGCCGCGUCUCACCCAGAAUAAAUACGUGCCAAAGAGGAAGUGCGCGCGAGGAUUGACGUCCUCGAACGACUUGACCUUCUCUCUAGUACAUAGUUUUGUGAAUAAUUGUGUGGAGUGUGAUAUAUAUUAUUUAUUGGAAAAAUCGAUCUCGUCGAUCUUGUGCGACGUACUCGAUCCGCACGCGCCGAGAGUCACACAUCGGCGAGAGACUACGUGUUUGCCUCCGUUGUAUCUCGCAUCGCAUUGAUUAGCGCAAACCGAAUGUGUGUAUGAAUGAGAAUGAGAGAUUGAGAGAGAGAGAGAGAGAUAGAAAGAGAGCAAUACAUAUGUACGCACACAUAUACGCAAGUACAUUUAUUCCGAUUUAUUAAUUAACUAUCAAACGUUGCUGUCUCGCUGAAAAAAAAGGAGAGAAGAGACAGGAACCGCACAAUUGUUAAACUCUCGGAGAACUAGGAAGUGACCGAUAGAACAUGUGUGUUUUUUUUUUCUUUGCUUCUUUUUGUUUUCUUAUUUACGCGAUUCCGAAGUGGAUCCGAAACUCGCUCGCGAGAGAGUGGAGAAGAAGACCGUCCGAGUUUAUCGGCGAUUAGCGUUCGGGCGAAACGAAAAAGUUAUGAAAACAGGUGCAGAGGUCAAGUUCGACCGUAUCGAUCGAACGAAAAGAGCGCGCACGUUUUUCCCCUACGUCGCCUUUCGGAUUUCGGGUCAGCUCGGCGAGGAAAGAGAUCAGCGCGCAAUCGGAUAUGAGAAUGAAAAAAAAAAAAAAAAAAAAGUAAAAACAACACACACACGCACGCACGCAUGCACGCACGCACACACCCAUGUUUAAAUCCGCGCGCUAAUCAGCAAAGAAACGAAAGAAACUUGCGGCGAUUAAACGGCGCUCGUAUCUCUUUGUAUCUCCGGUGCAGAAUAAAAAUAAAAUGUGCAAUACUUGCGUGGAGCAAGGGUGAAGAAAAAGUCGAUAUAAACGUUCUCUCCCUCCCCCCCCCCGCAAAAGUUUAUUCAUUAUCGCUCGAAUUCGAUGACGUAAUUCUCGACGACUGCGAUUGAGAAUUUCUGCGAAAUUUCUCCGAUCCACCUGCUACGAUUCGAUUUUUCUUUUUUUUUUUUUUUUUCGAAGA